AUGCUUUUCCUAUCGACCAACGAUUGCAAAGAAUAUCGCCUUGAAGGGUGCCUCCUUGGGCACAAGAACGCAAUUAAUUGCCUAGCGGUCACUCGCAAUGGAAAUAUGCUGGCAAGCGGGGUACCAGGCUCGGACGGCAUGAGGAUCUGGGACCUCAAACGACGAGUGCAGCUCCCAACUCCACGUCAAACGCCAGCCAUCCAAAAUCCGGCCGAUCCGGUGACUUGCGCAUGCUGGAUAACCCGCCAAGAAGCAACACGCGAAACACUAUGCUAUGGCACAGGCCUGGGUUUCAUAGCCAUCUGGCAACAGCAAGGGGAAGGCUUGGAGGACUUUAACGCAAAAAUUAUGUGCCUUACAUAUGACCAUACCGGCGACGAUACUCAUAUUGCAACUGGAACACGCGACAGACGGGUUCAAGUAUGGGCAUUCGACUUCAAAGGACCAUUGAUACCGAUCUUCAGUGUUGAACUCUCCACUACGAUUCCGCGCACUGUCAAUUUCAAUCGAACACCGGGCAGAAACUUGUGCACGUCCAUGUCCAUACAUAUCAGCAGAGGUUUAAUGAUAGUUUUAGCCAUACUGCUUCGGGGCUCAGACGGCACUGUCAUCGCUACAAAUAAGGCUGGACCGAUGAUCGGGCACGCUGCCGUGGACGCCCCUCAAACACUGUUCCUAAUCGACAAUGUGAUGAACGGAUUUAGCUUGCAUCAAUUGGAAGACGGAGCGUGCCUACGUACCUAUAAUACCAAUCCAGUGAAGACAUUUCCGAAGCAGGUUGUUUUUGGGGAACAGGCCACCCUUGUUGUUGGAGGUAGUGACACAGGGGCGAUUCAUAUUUUUGACAAGAAUGAAGGCAGAGUUAAGCAAGUCCUGCAACACGCAGACAGGGGGCGAGUACAAACCGUAAUGACGUACAAUAGCACACACCACAGCCUGAUUUUUGGAGCAACAUCUACCAAUGACUCAGAGCCGACAAUCUCCAUCUGGUGUCGCAAACGUACGAUAUCACCAAGUGACCGUCCUCUGGGGACGGCGAUCAAGAAUUUUGUGCGUGGAAUAGUCCAGCUAGCUAUCGCAAUGGCGAUCAUGGCAUAUGUGAUUGGACAAACAUCGGGGAUCACAUUGCUGGGAAAUGCCUGGCAAGAGUAUUCAAAGCCGAGGGCUCAAACGGAUGAGCUAAUGAAUGCUGACAUCCGUUCCUUAGUAGAACAGUACAUUGAGGCGCAGAGGGGUGAAGAACUUGAGAGAGCGCGAAGCUCGGGAAUGAACAGAAGACAUGACGGACGAUCGAAGCUCGUAAAGCCGCAAGAAGAUAUGCUACAUGCGGUCAUUCUUCUCGGAAAUUGA